GGAGGCGGAACGCCUUUCAUUUCUUAUUUGAAGCUCCGGCCACUGACUGAUGACGUCUACGCACCUGCCAAUAGCUCUGCCUUGGUUGCACUAACAACUUUCCGACGAGUAAAUCUUGGAGCCACUGGAUACGUGAGUGUCAUUACACGUAGUCAUUUAAAGUGGUAGGACCAAGUCAAGGCAUGCAGCUUCCUGCAGAAUGAGUCAACUUCACAGAUCGCUUCAAUGCUGUGGGAAUCAUCAAUUGAAGACUGCCAUCAAGGGGCAACCAUCUGCAAAAGACUUGUAGUGGACUUAGCUGCUUUUGAAUUCCGGUCAUCUUCCGUUUGCUUGGUGUGGAGAUCUUGACCUCUCCACCUCUAGUCCAUACAUAAGAAAGCGAAGUGCUUCAUUCUGUUUUCUUGCGACAAUUGAGGCGUCGAUCGGAGGUGAUGAUGGGUCGGCGUGGUCUUUUCUUUCUCCUCUGCAGUGCUGCCCUUUUCUUCCUCGUCGGAGCACAGACAGGGUUUAUAAGCAUCGACUGCGGGCUGACUGAGAGUCCAAGUUAUGUUGAUGAGAAUGACAAUCUCACAUACGUGUCUGAUGAUGGGUUUGUAGACACUGGAGUCAACAGGCAAGUUGAUCCUGAGUUAAAGGAGACGAACAAGAGAUACCAGACGGUGAGAGCAUUCCCAAAUUACACAAGAAACUGUUACUAUUUUCCGGCUACAAUUGGGGCAAGGUACUUCAUUCGAGUGGCGUUCAUGUAUGGCAAUUAUGACGGGCUCAACACUCCCCCAAGUUUCGACUUGUACCUGGGCGUGGACUUGUGGGACAACAUAAAAUUGGACAACGUAACUCAUCAAUAUAGGUCCGAGAUCAUUGUGCAAGCAGAAGCAUCUUAUACCCAUCUAUGUCUUGUCGAAACGGGAGGCGGAACGCCUUUCAUUUCUUAUUUGAAGCUCCGGCCACUGACUGAUGACGUCUACGCACCUGCCAAUAGCUCUGCCUUGGUUGCACUAACAACUUUCCGACGAGUAAAUCUUGGAGCCACUGGAUACGUGAGGUACCCAGAUGACCGCUUCGAUCGUAUAUGGACGCCGGACUACGAUUCAUACGGGACACCCUACAACACCAGUGAGAAGAUAGUGGAGAGUGAAAGGAGCCCAUUCUUUGCGUUGCCCUCUGUUGUAAUGCAGACUGCUGUCUACCAGCUUGGUGGAAUAAACAUCAGCUGGCUUGGGGGAGCCGACCGUAGCUUCUAUGUUUUCUUGGAAUUCGCGGACAUAUUGCCGACGUUGUCUGGUACACAGAGGCAAAUGCAGGUUCUCGAGAAUGGGCAAUACUGGGGUGAGGUCAACGUUUCAAACCUCUCGCCCAGUAUUCUAUACUCAACCUCUCCCUCAAGCGCCCCCCAGUUUACAUUCUCCAUACAAUCGGCCAAUGAUUCGGACGAGGGCGCCGUCCUCAACUCCUUCGAGGUGUACGAAGUCCUGACUCUCAGUGGCUCUACUACUGAUGCCGGAGAUGUUACUGCUAUCACGGCCAUCAAAGAGUACUAUCAACUAAAGAGAAAUUGGAUUGGUGAUCCUUGUCUUCCUGACAAUUCUCCAUGGGAUGGCUUGACCUGUGGCAAUGAUUCGAGACCAUGGAUAGUGACUUUGGAUCUUUCUAAUGGUGGGCUAAGUGGCGAAAUCGUCGACCAUAUUUCUAAACUGACUGAGCUUAAGACAUUGAACUUAUCAAGGAACAACCUGCAGGGACCAGUGCCACCAUUCCUACAGGAGAUGCCCAAUUUGAUCAACAUAGAUCUAUCAAGCAACAGUCUCUCUGGAUCGAUCCCCAAUGGCUUGCAGGAAAAAGUGAAGAAUGGAGAAGUCAUGUUAAGGAUUGACAACAAUCCUCUAAUUUGCCAACAAGAUGGAUGCAACCAACAAGAGAGCAGCAACAGUAGCAGUAGCAGUAGCGCUACGGCGGGCAGCAAAGGCAGUAACUCUGCAACUGGUCUCAAGAACAGUUACACUGUAACUGCAAUUUCAGUGGCGAUAUAUCUUCUUUUGGCAAGCUGUCUAUCGUCCUGAAUUGGUUGUCAAUAUGUACAAGAAAACAGGGUGACUUGAUUCCUUGAACUGUGUGCUUAGAAGACAUGUAUUGGUUAUUUUUCCCCAUUUGCUGCGGAUGGACAAGUUUGUUUCUUUGUAUACGAGACCUGAACAGUGAAGCCGAGCUCUUAUUAGAACGUCAACGAGAACCAUAUCGCAGACAACAGGGCGCUAGUAAAUUGUGUGGUUGAGAACUCUAUGACCUAUGAGAUUUCAAGCAUUUUAGUGUUUAAUUCUUAUGGAUCGUAUUAUAUAUUCAGUUAAACAGGUUUUUGUGGACUUUAAUCAUUUUCAAGUUUAA